AUGAAACAACUUCCAUUGAACCUUUUAAUUCUCUGUGCCGUGAUAUCACAAGUGAUGAGUGUUUUAUCAGAAAAAUUGUCAUCGAAUCUCCAUGUUCGAAAAAAGCGUCUUAUUAAUACAACACCACUCCACAUAGUAUCAAUUGACAAGAAAUAUUUACACUAUGAUCAUUCUAAUUAUCAACACGAUCUUGCUCUGCUUUAUGUUAUUCCUCCAAUCGAUUUGGUUCGUAGAUUUAAUCGAAAAAUAGAUUUUUAUGGUGGUCCUCUACACCCAAAUACUCCUGUCACUCUUAGUGGCUGGGGAUGCACCAACAUAGAGGGUCCCUACAUUUUUCACAACGCCCAUAAAAGAGUGAACCCGAAUAAUGAUGAGAAUUUAUGUAUUUCUGAUAAAUUGAAAAAGCAAGGAAAUUGCUAUAGUGAUACUAGAGGUCCAGUCGUUAUUGAUGGGAAAUUGGCUGGCAUAUUGUCUUGGCCACCAAGAGCAAAUAAACCUCUUCCUGAAAUUGCUAUUAAUUUAGCUCAUGCUGCAUAUCGAGAAUAA